AUGGAGGAGAGGCUCCUGCGGAGGCCCACGGUCAGAAGGGUGCUCUCCCUGAAGGCUUUCGAAAAAUGGGUGGGGCCGGGCCCAGAGGAGCCUCUGUGGAAAUUGAGGAGGACGCCACCGGUGGCGCCCCGGCGGGAAUUGGAGGGUGCGAGGUUGGGAUCGAUCAAGCCCAGGCCGAGGAGGGGGCCGGUGGCGGGCCGCAUGGAGGAGAGGCUCUCGCGGAGGCCCGUAACCAGAAGCGUGGUGUACCGGAGGGCUUUUGAAGGCCUUGCUUUCAUCACCCGUUCGUGCGGAGGAAGAGGGUUGUUCGGCGUUCCCGCCACCCUCCGAGAACAAGGGCGACAGUGGCACGCGACCUCGGUGGCAACUGCGCCAGAAUGCCAGUCGCGUACACUGCAGUGGGGGAAGCACGGGCGGCUAGCUUUUGGGGGGAGGCCUUAG